AUGCUUGCUGCCGCUGCGGUCGCCCACUAUUCUCUAGACGUUCAGCGCGUGACAGACGUCCGGCACAGGUCAAGGUCGCACAGCUUCUACGUCAAAAUAGAGUGUGAUGGCAGAACGUUGGGUGACUAUCAAAUUAAGGACGACGGAUCGUCUAUCUCGUUUGGUAUUCUUACUUUCUCAUCAACGGACAACUCACCUAUUCUUGGAAUACGUGUCGUUAAGAGGGAGAGGGUGUUACGGAUCAAGACCGAGGUCGGCUGCGUCAAUGUCCGGCUUGUGGACCUGUGGAACAAAUGCACUGAUACUGAGGCCCCAGUUGAAGUGGACGUCUUAUCUUCAUCUGGGCUGACUGCAUCUCAUUUGUGCUCUGUAUACUUGUUUCUCGAAAGGAUAGAUGAAACUAAGCGUGCCGAAAUCGACGUUCAAUGCGUACCGCAGAAUAUAGAGCGAAUUGAAUUGUCUGCAAAAAUCGCAGACUCCGCGGACGCGGUUGGAUCGGUUGUUGAAGUGGUAGACAGGAUUGUUGAAGCUAUUAGUCAUGUUGUAGAAAAUAUUCAUCCGUACCUGAACCUUGCAUGGAAAGCGACCACCGCUCUGUACAGAAUUGUUUCUCAUCAAUGGGAAACAGACAAGAAGCUGAUUGAUUUAGUCGAUGUCAUGAUGAGAGCUUACGAAUUCGCAAAGGAUGUGAAAACUCUUGGUGACGGGGCCAAGAAGCUGACAGAACCUACUGAUAGACUACUAAGACACACUAUCGCCGUCUGCUUUUUUGUGAAAGAAUAUACGUCACGGAGUUUCAUAGAGAGAAUUUUAAGGAUAGCUAGUCGACAAAAGGUGGACAAAUACAAGGAGGGCUUCAUUGUUCUCAGGCGGGAUCUGGACGCGUACCUUGCUGUACAUACUGCUUCUACUGCAGGUUAUAUACGAGACAAGGUCGAAAAGGCCUAUGAUAUCGGUGCGUGUCCACUAAGUAAUGUAGACCGAUUUCAAGCUGAAGACGGUGCGGCAGGGAUGCGGCAGCAAUUUCAGGUACAAGAGCAGCGACUUCAAGAACUCAAGGAGUUACUGGAGCCGAUCAGGUCCGACGUUUUUAACCUUGCUCGCUGCCUCCCGAACACGCGUAUGGAAUAUCUAAGAAAAAUCAAGGACUGGUUAUUCUCACCUCCUGAGGAGAAUAUCCUCUGGCUCAACGGGAUCGCCGGUUCUGGGAAGAGCACCAUCGCUGCUUCCAUCACGGACCAUUGUGAUGAUGAAUCCUGCCUUGCGGCAUUUCUUUUCUUCGAACGAGGGAAGGAGGAGCAUCGGUCUAUUAUACGGACCAUUGCUUAUCAGCUGGCAGCGUUCGAGCCAUCCCUUGCAUCGCAUAUAAUACCUGCUGCCAAGCGGCUCAAGAGUUCUUCGCCUGCUCGACAGUUCGAAAAGCUUCUUUUGAAUCCACUCAGGUCUGUUAAAGACGUCAAAGGUCCGAUAAUCAUCAUUAUCGAUGCACUAGACGAGUGCGGCACUGCGGAGCAACGGCGGGAGAUCCUGGAGUUGCUCAAAGUCAACUUCGCAAAUCUGCCAUUGGACGUCCGGUUCUUCAUUACAAGUCGACCUGAAAACGACAUUCUCAGGUCACUCGCAUCACGGCCACAUAUACGUGAACUUAAGCUUGAUCCCGCCUCGACGGAAAGUCGGCGCGAUGUACUUGCUUACAUCGACAAUGCAAUGCUCAAGGCGGUUGCUGAUCCGGUUCCGGACGGGUUCGCAUGGACCGUUAAGAUGAACAUACUCGGUCGUGCAGCGGACGGGUUAUUCAUCUGGGCGUCGACCGCGGUUAAAAUGGUGAUGAACAGUGAUGAUCCAUUUGGAAAGCUUGACGGGCUCGUCUCCAAUGUACAUUCGCUCAACGGUCUCGACAAUUUGUACGCUACUGUGCUUGAGCAGUCGGGAAUUUCAUGGGAGGACCCUAAAUCUGUCGAACGAUUCGGGAAGGUCCUCGGUCUUAUUCUUUUCGGAAAAAUAACUCUUUCGGAGGACGAUGUCGACAAGUUCUUGGGCAUCGGACAGGGGAAGUCACGGCUGACCCUCCAGAAUCUGCGAUCUGUUCUCUUUUAUGAGCCUGGGCAGUCCAUUCGUCUCCACCACACAUCUUUUGCUGACUACCUUUUGUCGCGCGAUCGGUCCGGUAAUCGUCAAUGGUUCAUUGAUGCCAAUAGUCAAAGACGUACAAUUGCCUUGAGAUGCCUCACAAUAAUGAGCGAGUUACUACAUCUCAACAUCUGCAAUCUUGAGACGCCCGCUAUAAAAAACGAUGAUAUUCCCGGACUCGAGGGACGCGUCGCAAGAUAUAUACCGAGACAACUUUCAUAUGCAUGCCUAUUCUGGUCUGAGCAUCUCUGUGACUUACCGAAUUCUGAAGAUAUGGUAACCGCUCUGCAAAAAUUCGCAUACCGUAACCUUUUGUACUGGUUUGAGGUCCUUAGCUUGACAAACCACUUCACUCGCUUUGCCUGUCGUGCACUCAUGGACGCUGUUUUAUGGUUUCCUUUGGGUGAAACCGAAACUUCAUCAUUUCUAUGGGACGCGUACAAACUGGCUACCGUCUUUUCAUAUCCAAUUGCACAGAGUGCUCCUCACAUCUACCUUUCUAUGCUAUCCCUCUCGGAGGACGAAUCAGCGGUAACCAAGCAUUAUCGUCGGACCCAUCCCACCAUACAUUUCACCCAUUAUGGGAUUAAACCGCCGAACCCAUGCCUCAAGAUUUUGAGUAAAGGUCCAUUUGCAGGUUUCUCUGUUGCUUUCUCACCUGACGGAAGGCGUGUCUGUGGUUCUUACCGUCGCAGAAUUCGAAUUUGGAACGCAGACAGUGGAGAAGUAAUCACGGUCCCGUCCGAAGAACAUGGAACUCAUGUUUUUGCGGUGGCAUUCUCACCCGAUGGGAAACUCGUUGUCUCUGGCUGUCGAGACGGUACAAUUAGAAUUUGGGAUGCUGAAAGUGGUAAAACGGUCACAAACCCGUCUGAAAAGCAUAAUGAUGCUAUAUGCUCGGUCGCGUUCUCACUGUGUGGGAAGCACAUAGUUACUGGCUCUGAUGACUGCACCAUUCGAAUUUGGGAUGUAAAAUGUGGGCGGGUUGUGAAAUUACUCAAUGGACACGAUGCUGGUGUCACCUCUGUAUCUUUCUCGCCUGACGGUCAACGCGUCGUCUCCGGCUCUCGUGAUUGCACCAUUCGGAUAUGGGAUGCAGAAAGCGGUGAAGUCGUCGAGGCGUUUAGAGGGCAUAGCUACGGUGUUCUUUCAGUUGCUUUCUCUCCCAAUGGAGAUCGCAUCGCCUCUGGGUCUGAAGAUUGUGCAAUUCAAAUCUGGGACGUUCAGACAGGGGAAAGGGUUGCAGGACCUUUCGAGGGCCAUGGAGGAUCAGUUGCGUCAGUCGCGUUUUCGCCCGACGGGAAACGUGUGGCCUCUGGCUCUGGUGACAAGACAAUUCGAAUUUGGGACGCGGAAAGUGGCAAAUGUCUUGCGGGCCCAUUUGAAGGGCACACGGGAAACGUCAUGUCAGUCGCUUUCUCUCCUGAUGGGAAGCGUAUUGUGUCUAGCUCUAGUGAUAAUACAAUUCGGAUUUGGCAUGCAGAACUCGGAAAGGUUCCUACAAGUUCGCUUGAGUGGCGGAGACUGCCUAUCAGCUCAGUCUCUCUUUCGCCCGAUGGCGUGCAUGUUGCCACUGGCUGUGAAGACGGCAAGAUUUGGAUUUGGGAUGGAGAUGUGGGACAGACUGUUGCGGGACCGUUUGAAGUGCAUACAGACAGAAUCCACUGGAUUGCUUUCACACGUGAAGGAAAACGUGUUGUCUCUUUCUCUAACGAUAACACGCUUUGGUUCUUGAAUGUAGAAAGCGGAGAGGCCGCCGUGGAGCCGUUUACACCACGCCCAAUCUCUGUCCAAAAAAUAUUUGCACUGUCGCCAGACGGAAAAAGUGUUGCUGCAGCUUGCGAUGAUGGCACAAUUCGGAUCUCGGGCGGUGGCAUCAUCGAAGGGCCGUUCGGAUUUCGCCUCGAGUGGGAUGAAAAGGGCGAGUUUGUGCUUCUACCGAGCGGAGAAUACGUCGCUGGAGGUUCCGGUCGUGCUACAACUCGUGACUACAAACCAGUUAUAGCAAAUGGCGAGAUACCUAUAUCGCUAGCUUUCUCGCCAGAUGGAAGACGCCUCGUCUCUGGCUCUAAUCGCGGCAAGAUUGUGGUUUUGGACAUUCAAACCGGGACGGUCGUCGCGGCUCCAUUUGUUGGCCAUCAGAGUUCCGUCGACUCUGUUGUUUUCUUGUCUGACAUUCAGUACAUUGCUUCUGCGUCUAAGGAUGGGACAUUUCGAAUUUGGGAUGUCAAAAAUAAUAAUGUCGUUGCAGGACCAGUCAAAGUGUAUGAGCCUUGCAAAACCAACUCAAUUUCGUUCUCGCCUGAUGGAGAGCGCGUCGCGUUUGGAAGUUUCAGUGGCUCAAUUCGGAUUUGGGACGUGCGAAGCGGGGAGGCCAUCACAGAACUAGUUGGAGGCCAUGGAGGGAGCAUUACUUUGCUUGCAUUCUCGCUUGAUGGAAAGCGUGUCCUCUCCCAAUCCUUUGAUGACAUAAUUCGAAUAUGGAACAUCGAAGCAGAGUUGCAGGCAUUGUACAAGUCAGAAAUCGCUGAAGGAGUAGCAACGUCAUUUGACAGGCCUUCUGAUAGCUGGCACCUGUCUGAGGAUGGCUGGGUCCUUGGCAAAGGUGGUGAAUUGCUUACAUGGAUCCCAGCAGAUUUGCGAAAUACGCUCUGGCGGCCUCGCACUACGGCCAUACUUAAUUGUCAGUUUUCUACGAGAUUAGACUUCGCGAAGUCGCUGCUGGGGAAAGACUGGACAAAGGGUUAUGUGCCUCGUAAAUUUCGAUGAUACUUCACUCGACUUAGGACG